GGGCGUGGAGGGGACAUGAGAUCGGUGCCGUCGUCGCUGCCCUCCCACUUCCCUUCGAUUCCUCCUCUCGCCGAGCGAUCCGUUCGAACCCGACGGCGCCGGGUUGAGGUGAGGCGGAUGGCCGCGAGGUGCUUGAUCGCUCCCGGCGGCGGUGAAGGCAGUAGCAGGAUGGCCAGCAGCGUGGAGGUUCCUCAGUCUUUGGAUGGGAUCCGAACCCUAGCUGAGUCUGGUCGGUUCAAGGGAUGGUUCUUGGAUCAAUUUGGAGUUCUUCAUGAUGGGAAAAAGCCUUAUCCUGGAGCCAUUUAUACUUUAGAGAAGCUAGCUGAACAUGGUGCAAAACUUGUGAUCAUAAGCAAUUCUUCACGGAGAUCAUGUACAACGAUAGAGAAGUUAAAAAGCCUUGGUUUUAAUUCUUCUCUUUUUUCUGGUGCCAUCACUAGUGGAGAGUUGACUCAUCAAUAUCUUCUAAGGAGGGAUGAUCCAUGGUUUGCAAAACUCGGAAAAUCUUGCAUUCACAUGACGUGGAGUGAUCGAGGUGCAAUUUCUCUUGAGGGCUUGGGCUUGCAAGUUGUGAGCAAUGUGGAUGAUGCAGAUUUUGUACUUGCUCAUGGCACAGAAGCACUUGGUGUUCCUUCCGGCGAAUCACUACCCAUGAGUCUUGAUGAUCUUGGGCAAAUCCUGGAGAUGUGUGCCAAAAGAAAAAUUCCCAUGGUAGUAGCAAAUCCAGAUUAUGUUACUGUUGAAGCUAGAGCAUUGCGUGUUAUGCCUGGAACACUGGCAGAUAAAUAUGAAAAGCUUGGUGGUGAAGUAAAAUGGAUGGGAAAGCCAGAAAAGGUGAUAUAUUCAGCAGCCAUGGCAAUGGUUGGUGUAGAUGCAUGCGAUUGUAUCACGGUGGGUGAUUCCCUUCAUCAUGACAUAAAAGGCGCAAAUAAAACUGGGAUUGCAUCAGCAUUUAUCACAUGUGGCAUCCAUGCCACAGAACUUGGAAUUGGUACCUUUGGAGAAACUGCUGGAUUCGAUGCGGUCCAAUCUCUGGCCCGCAAAUAUGAUGCCUAUCCAUCUUAUGUUUUGCCAGCUUUUACAUGGUAGGAAAUCCACUUUCGUCGAGUAUCAUGGCAUCUUUGUUCCAGUCACUAUGCAAUUUGGGAGUCAGAAUGGUCAUAGUUGGGGAGACUUUGAUACCACAAUAUUUAUCAAUAACAAGGAAUAUUGGUGAGCACAUACACUUCAUCGUUCAAGGUUGGUUCUUUCUUCAACUAUGUUAUUUUGGCUUAUAUUUUGAGAUCUGUACUCUUUUCAAGAGGGACUUCCAAGCUUGUGGAACAUGAAAAAUAUUUCACAUCAAUUCGAUCAUUGAUGCUGUCCCGAUUCUCAUCUUCA